AUGGAUGUCCAAGUUGGACCAAGCUCCAGCGCCAGCGUCAACCCCAUGUUGUCACAGGCCAAUCUCCAGCUGGGACAUGGAGCUGCAGGUGGUCUGGUCCCUGCGCCUGCACCUGUGCCUCCCACUACCGCUGCCGCCAUGGUCCCCGCGGCCGCCAGUGCUGCCCGCUACGACGACAUGCUCUCAUCGGUGUUGCAAUACCACCACCAGCAAUACCACCACCAGCACCAGCAGAACCAUGCCGUUAACAUGCGCAAACGAAAGGCCGAGUCGCAAGACAGCGAGCGCCUCAACAAGAGACUGAGCCUCCUCAAUCUCGAGCAGAAUGGCGCAAAGCUCUACGUCCCCGUCGAGAGCCCGCAACUCCAGCCCGUGGCCGAGAGCUCCUCCUCGCCCUCCAACCCCAGCAGCGUCGUAGGCCCGGUCUCAGCCAGCGCCAGCGACAGCGACAGCAUGCAGCUAGACGACACGAAGCACAAGGUGUACAUCUACAACCUCGACGACGAGCUCUCGUCCUCCUCCGCCUCCUCCCCCGACAACAGCGAGCCCUCAUCGCCCACCUCCACCUCCCCCGAAAAGCCGGGCCGUCUCGUCUUCCUCAACGACAUCCAGAAGCACCUGCGACAACAAUCACGGAUCCCCCCAUCCAUACUAGCGAACCGCGAGGGCGAGCUGGGCGGCGUGAAUAUCAACGACAUGCAACUCAUUCUCUACCGCGAGCCUUCGUCCUUAACAGUGCCGCGCGAGCAGGAUUCCGUGCGCCGCGCCGUGGCCGAGGCCCGGGACCGCAUGCGCGCGCGGCAGCGGGAGGACCUGGUGUCCGGGUCCGGUGAUGGGUUCCCGCCCGCUGCGAACCCGGUGCCGGCGCUGGGGGCUGCUAGUCCUACGUUGCCUGGUGUGGCCAUUACGGGUGCCGCGGGCUCUGCGAUGGAUAUGAAUAUGAAUGCGCCCUGGCGAGAGGCUGCCAGUGACGAUUACGACCCGGAUGCGAUGGAUACGGAUUGA